CUACGGCAGCCGUGUGGUCCAAACAGAGGAGUAGAAACACGUCUGGGAGGCAUUUUUGCGCCACGAUCAAUUGUCAGACACCUCGCUGAUGAUUUUGCAUCGCGCAAGGACAUAAAGGAGCCACAAACAGACGGGGUUUUGGGGAUAUAAUGGGCGGAAAGAAGAAGAAAUCGGCACCGCAAGCGGCCGCUCCGGUGGCCCCGACUGCUACAACGGGGACCGGCGUGGCGGAGGAGACCAAGAAACAGCCAGCCAGCAAUAAGCAGAAUAAACCAGCCAAAGAAAACAAGUCUAAAGCUCCAAAGACUUACAGUCUUGCCACCACCGCCCAAGUUGACACAGGUGGGGUCUCAGACAAGUCGAUUCUUAAGGUCGCUAUCCAAGCUGACCUGGAGAAGAAGAUCAUCAAGCUGAUCAACGACUUCAGACAGGAGAAUGGAGACAAAGGGCCCAUAUCAGGGAGACUUACAAGCAAGAAACUGCUGGACUUGUACACAGCUCUGCAGAGGUUCAACUUCAAAAGAGAGCACAUCGAGGAGGCGAUGAAGAGCAGCGUGCUGUACGGAGGAGAUCUCCACUCUGCUCUCGACUGGCUCUGCCUGAACCUUAAAGAUGAUGAGCUGCCGGAUGGUUUUAGCCAGCAGAUGCAGGAGGAGUCCCAGAAGAGUCGACCUAAGUACCAGCCUCCUGCCCAGCAGAAACCUGCAGCCCAAAGCCCCAAGGCGGCCAACAACACCCGCAAAGAGACCCCCAAGGUCUCCGAGAAGGACGAAGCUGCAAGCAUGAAGGACUGGAUUUUAAGGUAUGCAGAGCAAAGCAGCGAAGAAGAAGAAGAGGAGGAGGAGGAAAAGGAAGGGUGGAAGAAGACACGUAAUCCAGAACUGGAUGAAAAGUUUGAUCCCAAUGACAGGUACUUGAUCCUUACUGCUCAGCUGUAUGACGCUAGAGAAAUGGCAGCUGUUGCCAAGACUAAAGGAGACAAAACGGGUCAGAGGACGGCACAGGACAGAAUACGCGUCAUCCAGCAAGAAAUGAAGCAGUUGGAGUCCCACCCCGUGUUCAAUGCAGCCUUAAAAGUGGUGGAUGCUCCGCAAAAGCAAAAGAAAGUACUUCCCGUCAGCGAGGACAAAGAGGACAUCGGCUUCAGUUUGUUUGAACAAGCCGCCAAGGAGCCACCUCCCGAGAAAGUCGUGAAAAAGAACGAACCAAAGGACAUUCGCAACUUUGACUACACGGCUCGAAGCUGGACCGGGAAGUCGCCCAAGCAGUUCCUCAUCGACUGGGUCCGAAAGAACCUGCCCAAAAGUCCAGCGCCGGCUUUUCACAAGGUCGCUGCUGGUAGAUACUGGAGAUGCAAGGUGCGUGUUCAGAGGGUGGAUGAUGUGCUGGAAGUUUGUCCAACCAUCCUGACGGAAGACAGCAUGCAGGCUCAGCACCUGGGAGCCACGCUGGCCCUCUACAACCUGGUUAAAGGACAGUCGGUGCACCAGCUCCUUCCUCCCACCUACAGGGACGUGUGGCUGGAGUGGAGGGACAGCGAGCAGCAGCAGCGGGAAGAGAGCCGCACCGCCGCCAACAAACCUCGAGACCAGUUCAUCUCCCGGCUCCUGACCCGACUCAAGCAGCAGCAGCAGCAGCAGCAGCAGAGCCAGACGCCCGGAUCGCAAGGAUGGCCGGGGACAAACAGCAAUGAUGACGAGGAGCCUGAAGAGUCCUGGGAGAACCUGGCUGCUCUCGAUAUCGGGGAGCGAGGGCAGGAAGUGGACGACAAGAGCGAGACAAAGGGAGUCAGGAGGGAAGGAGCGCUUGAGGCCGCCAGAGAGCUUUUAUUAAAGCUGAAGAAGUCAUCACUGGCCCACAAACUGCAGGCAGAGCGAGAGCAGCUUCCCGUCUUUCAACACCGACGCCGCGUCCUGGAGGCUCUGCAGCGCCACCGCGUGGUGGUGGUGGCUGGAGAGACGGGCAGUGGGAAGAGUACUCAGAUCCCCCAGUUCCUGCUGGAGGAGCUGCUGGCCGGAGGGAAGGCUGCAGAGCCCUGCAACAUCGUGGUGACCCAGCCUCGCCGGAUAUCCGCCAUGAGCCUGGCCUGCAGGGUCAGCCAGGAGAUGGGCUGCGAGGACGGACCAGGAUCGAAGUCGUCGCUGUGCGGAUACCAGAUCCGGAUGGAGAAUCAGUCCGGGGACUGGACCCGUCUGCUGUACUGUACGACCGGAGUCCUGCUCAGGAAGCUCCAGCACGACAGAAACCUCAGCUCCCUGACACACAUCAUCGUAGACGAGGUCCACGAGCGCAGUGUCCAGUCGGACUUCCUGCUCACCAUCCUGAAAGACGUCGUGAUGAGGAGGUCGGACCUGCAGCUGAUCCUCAUGAGCGCCACGGUGGACUGUGACAAGUUCUCCAGCUACUUCAACCGCUGCCCCGUGGUCAGCAUUCCUGGCAGGACGUUCCCCGUGGAGGUGUUUCAUCUAGAAGACAUAGUGGAGCAGACGGGGUACAUCCUAGAAAAGGACUCCGAGUACUGCCAGAAAAUUCUUGAAGAAGAAGAGGAAGUCUCCAUCUCUGUCACGCAAAAAGGCGGCAAGACACUGCAGCACCAGGAGGUGAUACUGAGGGACUCCUCGGGCUGGGACCUGGGUCCUGAACUCGACCACUUCAGCAGCAGGACUCGACAGGUGCUGCAGUACAUGAACCCUAAUAAGAUCAACAUGGACCUGCUCGUUGACCUCGUGGACUAUCUAGACAAAGCCCCACAGUUUACAGAUGUGGAAGGAGCCGUUCUCGUGUUCCUCCCCGGUCUGGCUCACAUCCAGCAGCUGCACGACCUGCUCUCGUCAGACAAGAGGUUCCGGGACAGACACAGGUUUAAGAUAGUCGCCCUCCACUCGACUCUCUCGUCAAAGGACCAGGCUGCCGCGUUCACAGUGCCCCCUGCUGGAGUUAGAAAGAUUGUGCUGUCCACUAACAUUGCUGAGACGGGUGUGACUAUUCCUGACGUCGUGUUUGUCAUCGACACAGGGAAGACCAAAGAAAAUAAGUACCAUGAGAGCAGCCAGAUGAGUUCCCUAGUGGAAACCUUCGUCUCCAAAGCCAGCGCCCUCCAGAGGCAGGGGAGAGCAGGACGUGUCCGAAGCGGCUUCUGCUUCAGACUGUACCCGAAAUUCAGGUUCGAUGCCUUCAUGGAUUACUCCAUCCCAGAGAUUCUGCGGGUCCCCCUGGAGGAGCUUUGUCUUCACAUCAUGAAAUGUCAGUACGGCUCCCCGGAGGACUUCCUGAGCCGCGCCCUGGACGCCCCUCAGCCACAGUCGGUCAGCAACGCCGUCAACCUGCUGAGGAAGAUCGGCGCGUGUCACCCCGACAACCACGUGCUCACCCCUCUGGGACACCACCUGGCGAGUCUGCCGGUCAACGUCAAGAUCGGCAAGAUGCUCAUCUACGGAGCCAUCUUCGGCUGCCUGGAGCCCAUAGCGACCAUCGCAGCAGCCAUCACAGAGAAGUCUCCUUUCUCAACACCAAUGAAUAGGAAGGACGAAGCCAACCUGGCGAAGGCUGCGCUGGCGUCGGCCAACUCCGACCACCUGACCAUAUACAACGCAUACAUUGGGUGGAGGAACUCGCAGACUGAAGGACAGAGAGCAGAAAUGUCCUACUGCAGGAAGCACUUCCUCAAUCGGACGGCUCUCAUUACAAUCGAGGACGUAAAACGCGAGCUGAUGAGGAUGAUGGAGCAGGCCGGUUUCUGGUCGUCUCGCUCCUCCUCCUCUUCCUCCUCCUCCUCCUCCUCGUCCUCUGGCUCGAGGCAGCAGACGGCCUCGCUGUCCAAGCAGCAGAUCUCGGUCCUGAACGCCGUGCUGACGGCGGGGCUCUACGACAGCGUGGCCCGGGUCCUGUGCACGCCGUCCGUGGACGUGCUGGAGCGAGUGGCCUGCACGGUGGAGACGCCGCAGGGCAAGGCUCAGGUCCACCCUUCGUCGGUGAACCGCAACCUGCAGACGCACGGCUGGCUGCUGUACCAGGAGAAGGUGAAAUACACUAAGAUCUACCUGCGAGACACCACUCUGGUUUCUCCUUUCCCCAUGCUGCUGUUCGGAGGAGACAUCGACAUCCAACACAGAGAGAGGCUCAUCACGCUGGACGGAUGGAUCCACUUCCAGGCUCCCGUGCGGAUCGGUGUCAUCUUUAAACACCUGAGGAAACUGAUGGACUCUUUGCUUGAGAAGAAGAUUGAGAACCCCAGGAUGAGUCUGGAAGGCGAGUCGACCAUCCAGGUGAUUCUGGAUCUGAUCAAAUCGGAAAACGCCUUGUAACAUCAAACCACCACAGGAUCCGAUCGCCACUGAAGAACCUGCACAGCUCCUGUUACACUACGAGGGAGACCUCUGGCUCUAGUUGAGCAUUGCAGGUGUCUUUAAAAAAAAAAAAACGUUGGCCACCAGGAGCUCUUAACUCACAUUGAGGAGGAUUGUAACAUAUGAAAGGCAUAAAUUCAUGCUUGGAGGAAGAACCAACAGCUGCAUUAUGAUGUUGCCAAAUGUGGUGGAAAUAAAUCUGUAUUUGUUUUUAUCUGAAA